AUGACCCGACUCGUGCUGCUCCUCCUCGCCUUCAUCGUCCCGGCUUAUGCCUUGAACCUCAGCAUCGUGAGCCUACUCCAGAACCUGAAGAAUGCCACCCUGCAGCAGACCACCGACUUCUUCGACUUUAUCAAAGCGCACAAGAAAGACUACGGUACUGCCGAUGAGCUGAAGACGCGCUUCGAGACCUGGAAGGGCAACAUGGCCGAGAUCGCUGAGGAAUUGGCCGGGGCCAAGCGCAAUGGAUACCAGAUCGGAUCCAACUUCUUUGCGGACAUGAACCCGGCAGAAAGGCAAAAGUUCGUCAUGCGUGCCGACCUGGCUGAUGAAGCGGACGGACGACUGAAGCGCGAGAUGCCGAGAGCCAAGCGCGCUGUCUAUACGUACACCGGGGAGACGAUCGACUGGCGCUUCACCGGCUACAUGCCAGCCGUCCGCAACCAGGGCAGCUGCGGGAGUUGUUACGCGUUUGCGGCCAUCAACGCCAUCGAGGUGCAGUGGAACUGGCUGGGGCAUAAUGCUGCCUUUUCGGAGCAGCAAAUUGUCGAUUGCGCCGGCUCGAACCAGGGAUGUAAUGGAGGGUGGCCGGAAAAGGUUUUCAACUAUUCGAAGUACUACGGUAAUGCCGCCCAGUCGGCGUAUCCGUACAAGGCAGCCGUUGGGACUUGCUAUAAUACGGCUCGCACGAUGACGGUAUCCACUUGGUAUCAGCUGACGACAGUAGCCCAAAUGGAGUCUUACAACUACUACUACGGGCCUGUGGCAUUCAGCAUGUACGUCCCAAAUGCUUUGUACUCCUACACCGGCGGUAUCUUCUACCCAACCCAGUCCACCUGUUCGAGCACGAGCAACGUUGGAGCUCACGCCAUGACAAUUGUCGGAUACGGAAGUGAAAACGGCGUGCCCUACUGGAUCGUGCGCAACUCGUGGGGCGCCACUUGGGGCGAAGGUGGAUAUUUCAGGAUGCGCAAGGGUGUCAACAAUUGUGGAAUGGAAACUCGCGGCGUUUUCUUCCCCUGGUUGAUCGGAAAUAACGGAGCCGGACGC